CAAAUUUUAGUUGCAGCUUCGCCGUUGACAAGUCCUAGGACUGACUUUGUCGUUGAAAUGGUGUGAAUGUGCUAGCUUGUCCAACCUUCUUGUACUUUAACUUACGUCAAACGACUUCACGGCAAAUUCACACAUGAUUCACUCUGAACGAUGUUCCAUCUGCGCGCGAAGAUUUUCCUCACCAUUUACUCUAGGGUAUUGUCUUCUUAUUCAUUUCAAAGAUUUUGCCACUCGUCUAUAGUACUAUCCUUUUCAUGCUCACCGUGGCUGCAUCAAGUGUUUUGUAAGCCAUUUUUGUACUUCCAAGCUAGGGACUUUUCGUCCGGGAAGGAAGCUUCGGCGUUAAGAGAAUAUCUCGGCACCUGUGCUAUCAUUGGUCAAUUCUCCUACAACAUGACGUUUAGACAAAUAUCCAGCAAAGUUCUUCAUCUGCCUUUCAACUUUCAACCUCCCGACCGUUAUUGCCGGGAAUUUGAACUGUCUCAAGUGGCAAUUGGUCUGAUGCGAGACACAUAUAAAGGAGCCAAUGUUGCUCAACUACAGACUCAUACAAUUUCACCCCUCUAUACAAAAUGGCGCCUGAAAGAUACAACUCCGAUAGUUCUGACGCUUCCCCCUUGGGAAAGCCUCUCAAAUUUGAAUUCUCCGGCAAAACUGCCAAGAAUCGCUUUCUGAAAGCUGCCAUGACGGAACGCAUAUCAUCCUGGGAUCCCAAAGACCCCAAAGCUCGAGGCAUUCCAUCCAAGAACCUCAUUAACGUGUACAAGCGCUGGGGAGAGGGAGGCUAUGGUCAAAUCCUGACCGGGAAUGUCAUGAUUGACUACGAUCAGUUGGAAGCCAUGGGGAAUCCUAUCAUUCCUCCCGAUGCGGAAUUUUCUGGGCCCCGCUUUGAUGCAUUCAAAGAACUUGCAAGUCAAGCGAAGGCGCAUGGAAGUUUGAUUGUUGGGCAAGUCAGCCACCCGGGUCGACAGUGCGAGAGCAGAUUACAGAAAACACCAAUUUCUGCUUCUGACAUACAACUAGAAGGUA